AUGCGAAGGGUUACCUCCGGAAAGGUCUCCAGAAACAUCAACAAAAUCCAGAUCGACUCUCUCAGAGUCCCCGACAGAGCUAGCCACCAUAUGGGGGGCAAAUUCCAAUAUCAAGUUGGUGAGCUCCUUGAAAUUGGCCGCGCAGAUAAUGCGCUGAAGAGCAAGAAUGCCGUAUCCUCCUUGCCGUACUCGACCGUGGUGGGGGUGGCCAGUUCGGACCACUCCUUUCGCUCAACUUCAGCAGUUGGCUCGGGAGCUACUACGGCGGCAUACUUCAUGACGGAAAGCCUCCGAGGUACAUUUGCACUUAUCGGUGAUUGCUUUAGGCGUCCAGCUGUUCUCGCUUAUUGUGCGGAGGCCAAAGUUCCAGGUAUCUUCAUUGGAGCCAUCAGAGUAUUCAAGGAAGGAAGAAAAUGGGAAGAAAGGAUUGAUGAAGAUAAGGGUGAAUAUACAGGAUGCUAG